UAGUAAGAGAGAUGAACCGCCUGGGGCUGAUGGUAGAUCUCUCACAUGUGUCUCAAGCGACCAUGAAGGAGGCGCUGGAGGUGUCGAAUGCGCCGGUCAUCUUCAGCCACUCCUCCGUGUAUUCCAUCUGUAAGAACCCGAGGAACGUCCCCGACCACAUCCUGAAGAAGGUGGCUGUGAACGGCGGGGUGGUAAUGGUCAGUUUCUACAACCACUUCCUGACGUGUAGUGAAAACGCCUCCGUCAAGGAUGUUGUGGACCACAUCAACCACGUGAGGAAGAUCGCUGGUGUUGAACACGUCGGUAUAGGGGCUGACUUUGAUGGCGUUAACAA